AUGGAACGCCUGGGGCUCUUUCUUUCCAGCCUGCCCGCCGGGCAGUAUGAAGACCGCGGCAGCCCCACGGCCGCGCCUCCGUCCGCCUCGGGGGAGUCCAGCGGCGGAGUUGGGGGUCCCAGCGGAGCGUGGAGCGCGGGAGGCGGAGCGGGAGGCAGCAGCAGCACGGGUACGCACGGGCAGUCGGGUUAUUCCGCCAUGGCCACUGCGGGUUCAGGUGCUACUGGCCCGAGUUACACCAGUCCGGGUAUUCCAGGGGGAGGUUUUACUGGUGCAGGUUUAUCUGGGGCGCGCAGGGCUUCCCCGAAUAACUCCAAGCGGGACCUGCUUCCGCCCCCCGCGGGGGGCCAUAGCGGGGGGGCGGGGGCCGGAGGUGGUAGUGGGGGGAAUCCAUUGGGGGGGAACCCGAUGGCGCGGACGCGGUCGAGCCAGGAACCCGUGCGCCUGGUGCCCCAGAUGGGCAGCGCGGAGGAGAGCGCACAGGCGGGCGCUGCGCCUUCCCCCCUCCCCGCUACUGCAGGCGCGCUGGGGGCGGGACCUAGUGGGGCGGGGGGAGGCAGAGGCGGAGCUGUGUUGGCGCCUUCAUUGAGCUUUGCCAAUGGGGUUGGUUCAGGCAUGGGGGCAGUGGCGGCUGGUGGCGCAGGGGUAGGGGCUGGGACAGGAAUGGGAGCAGGGGCACCCGUAGGGGGUGGGGGAUGUACUGGCUCGGGUACUGGUGCUGCUGGUGGUGCAAGUGGGGCGAAGGAAAAGGAGAGCCUUCGCGUGCAGGCACUGAGUAAUGCCAUUCGGCACAACAGCCACGGCGGGGAGAAGGACAGAGACAGCCAUAGAGACAAGGAACCCCUAGGCCGCUCCACCACUCAGUACUCAGAAGAAGGGGGGUCAGCAGCAGCAGUUGCCGGAUCAGCUGUUGCUGCCACUGCUGGGUUCGGUGGGAGUGCGAGAGGCUUGGGAGGCGGUUUUGCUUCGGACACAGCUUCGGAUACGGCUGCAGGGCAGGUGCAUGGUAUGAGGGAUGGCAGCUUCCCCCCUUCUCCUGCUCCGGAUAAGUCGUGGUAUGCUGUGUCGCCAUUGGUGGAUUUUCACCCGGGGUCCAGCCCGCCGCCCCCUUUCAUGCCCGGGCAGAGUCCGCUGAGAGAUAGUGCUUUCAAGCUGCCCUUGCCUGCUGUGGGAGGGAAUGGGGCAGGUAAUUCCGGGCAUGAGGGGUUAGGGGAGAUUAGAACAGAGGAUGGGCAGAUAGGGGGAGGGGGUACGGGGGAUGGAGAAUUGUCUAUGGAUGGUGGAAAGGGAGUUGCAGCUGAGGGUUCAUCUCACGAGGAGGCUCCUUGUUCCAAGAACGCAGAUACGCUAUGCGGGGAGGAUGACGACGACCCUAAUAACGCAGGCUCGGGAUCCUCCCCAAGCAGGCCGUCAGGUCCGGAUGGGCCGGUUGGGAAUCCACGCCGCCGAGCCGAGCGAUCAGGUGCGGGAAACAGGCCUGGAACAGGGUCGUACCUGCCGAUAUACCGACAGAUUGGCGUUCCCCGUAGUUCCUCGCACGACCCCGCAAGUCUGUUCGCGCAGAAGCAGCAUCACGCCGGGUUCACCGUGCAGGAGUGGGAAGAAGCGCUUAAAGACGGCAGCGGCGGGGACAGCAGCGGACCGCCAAGCGGCGGAACGGGCUUCGGGCGGAGCAACAGCGGAGGGGGCGGGGGAGGGGGAGGAAGGGCGGCUGGGAGCGCAGUCCCGCGCGGAGGCGGCGGAGCCUCGGGAAUGCCGAGAGGCGGAGCUGGUGCGUCGCCGUUUUCCAUUCAGGGGAAGGUGGUAUCCGGGGCAGGGCGAUCUAUGAUGAUGCCUCCGCGCAACUCGUCCGUCCCCGCAGCGUUGCCCACGCAUAAAGGCACCGCCACGGGACUGCAAGACUCCGCGCGCGGAGGCGGAAGGCAGCUCCGCGCGUUCGCAUCCGCCGCGCCAGGGCGCAUGGACGGCCCCGCUGCCCUGGGGUCGGAGCUGGGCCGGCGCGACUCGUACAACCUGAUUCUGGACCAGUUUCUGUCAACAGACGGAAACGCUAGCGGCCCAGAUUCGCCUGGUAUGGGAAUGGGUCCGGAGGAGAGGAGAGGACCGGCCGAAAUUGGCGGGGGGGUGGAGUUACGUAGGGUUGUAACGACGGGGAGGCAGCAGAGGGCGGAAAGGGGUGGAGCGGAUGUUUUGGUGGUAGAGUGCGGUGGAGAUGGUGGGAACGCGGACGGGAGUGUGCACGGCGGAGGUAGGAUGCAUGGAGGGAUUCGGCUGCAUGGAAGUAAUAGUUUCCACGGGCAACCGAGUAGCGGUGGUGCUGCUGGUGGGGGUUUCGAUGGCAGCAGCAGCACAACAGCGCCCACUGCCCCUGCUGCUGCUGCCGCUUCUGGUGGUGCUGCGUCAGCAAUAAGCCAGCCCCCCCACCACCCCGUGCACCACCCAGCAUGUAGGCAAUUCCCCCGUUCCUCUAGUGACAGCGGAAGGAAAUCGUCUCCUAGUCGUCGGAGCCCUAGCAGCAGCCCCAGCCGCGGCGUGGGGACCAUUGGCGGAAGCAACCUUGCGCCUCCCCCGCUCGUCUCCCCCCACCAUCUCUUGGACGGGGGCGCCGGGCUGGGUAUGGGUGGGCAUAGCGCUGCGAGCAGCUGGACUGGCGAAGGGAUGGGCGGAGGCGUUGUGGGGGGGUUUGGGGGAGCAGCAGCAGCAGGAGCAGGAAACAGUGUUCCGGCACAGUCACAAUCACCGCAGCAGCCGUCGCAGCAGCAGCAGCAGCUGAUGCGUCAGCCACCCUUACAGCCACUGCCACAGCCGCAGUUUCCGCGGUUGGCGGGAGCAGGGGCAGGGGGGGGGAGUAUGGCCGGGGGAGGGGGCACAGGGACAUCGCACAGGAGAGGGAAGAGUGAAUACGCCCUAAGUUCAGGGAAGAGGCUAUCAAGGCAGAGCUCUGGAUCUGUGGGGGAUGGUGUGGAUUACAGCAGCAGCUUUGAGAGCUACUCUACUGCUGCUGGCGCUGACGUGGCACGAGAUGGCAUGGACGGGGACUCGGACCACGGGCAGGUUAACGGGCAGCGGAAACUCCGGGGGCAGGCGCUGGGAGGGAGUGGGAACGGGAGGCAGAAACACAGGCGAGCGGUUAGCGAUAACGAGUGUGCUCAACCAGGGGAGGUGGAGUCUGGGGAGGGGGAGGAGGGGGGAAGAGAGGGUGUGGGGGAGGGAUGGGCGGAUGGACAGGUAGAGAGGGGCAUGGGAGGGAGGAGAGGGGGCGGAGAGGGUGGAACAAUGCAUGGGGGUGGUUGGGAAGAGGGGGGUGAAGAUGGCGGGGCAGAUGUUGGGGAGAUUUCAUUUGGGCGGCAGCAAUCAGUGGCGGAGAUAGGGGGGAGUUGCGGAGGCAUGGGGGGAAGGGACGGGGAAAGGGCGGGGGAAGGGGGAGGGGAAGAAGACGGGGGAGGGGAGGAGGAGGAGAGUGACUCAGGCAGUGUGGUGGAGUGGGCUCUGGCAGGCUCGCCACAGAGCAUCUCGGCUGUAGCAGAGGCGGCAGAAGGGGGGAGGGGAGGUGGAGGGGUGGGCAAGCAGUAUGCGUUGACUGCGGACGACUGGCUUGACUACGACCCCCCUGGAGAUGCGCUGCUGAGGCGGUGCGUGCACCGGGCGUCUGGCACUCAGCUCAUGUGCCGCACGAUUUCCAAGCAGAGCAUUCGGUCGCAGCAGCAGGCGGAGGCCAUCGGGGUGGAGGUGGCAGUGAUGGAGGUGCUGCAGCCGCAUGCUCACAUCGUUGGGCUCAGAGACAAGUUCGAGAGCCUCACGUCCGUGCAUCUCAUACUGGAUCCCAUGGCGCGCCUCUCUCUGCACGACCGCAUGCGCCAGCACGGCCCCAUCCCUCAGCACCACGCAGCACCGCUCUGCCUCGCGCUGCUGCACGCGCUGCACCACUGCCACUCUCAGGGCGUGGCCCACCGUAACCUCACGCCCCAUGCUGUCGUGUUUCCCACUGAUGACAGCCCGCUGGGGGAUGCCCGGCUGAGUGGAUUCGAGUGGGCAGCGUUUGUCACCCCAGGAGUCCCCUUUUCAGACCCAGUGACCCUGCCCUUGUUCGCGGCACCGGAGGUGCACGCGGGAAGGUACGGCACACAGGCCGACCUCUGGUCCCUCGGGGUCCUGCUCUUCCUCCUCCUCUGCGGGGUCCCACCCUUCUGGGCGGCCACGGGCGGCGGGAUUCGGCGGGCAGUGCAGCAGCAGCAGGUGGCGUUCCUGUCGCCCCGGUGGAAGGAGGUUUCCGAUGAAAUGAAGCAGCUGCUGCUGAUGCUGCUCGAGAAGAAUCCUUCCGACCGGCUCACAGCCGCCGAGGCUCUAGUGAUCUUUCUCCUUCUGGGCACCAGCAAGGGAGGGGUGGGGAUGGGGGUGGCGGGCAGUGCAGCAGCAGCAGGUGGCGUUCCUGUCGCCCUGGUGGAAGGAUGUAUCAGAUGA